AUGCAUAUUUGCCUCGGGAUGGAACGGUGCUUGCUGCCUUACAUGUGUCAACGACAACAACAACAGCAAAUGCAGCUGCAGGCCCAGGGCAUACGGCGGCGACUAGUUGGAGUCAUCAACACGCUUGGGGGAACGAGACUGGCACCUGGUGAAUGGCUCCUUGACACUGGAGCUGAGGACCAACUGACCUUCAUGCCUGAGGACGCUGAGGAUUUGACGCCGGUGCGCGAGGGCGAGGGUGUUGUUUUUGAGGUGGCGGAUGGGCGGACGGUUAGCUCGAUUGGCGAGGGCAGGGCGCUCUUCACCUCUAUUCGAGGAUGGACGGAAUUGUCGGUAUCUGUCCACGUAGUUCCGGACCUGCAACACCGCCUGUUUUCGGUCAAAGCCUUAAAGAGAGCCUUCCCGGAUAAGGAGGUAGAGGUCAUCCUGUCCACUGAUCACCCACACAUAGCAAUAGACGGAAUCCCGCUGUCGAUGUGUUCGAGGAGAACGGGAUGUACAUCGUGCUUGAGCAGGCAGUGA